AUGGAAGGCGGUGAUGGGGGGUCUGAUCUUGAUCUGGGCUUCAAUGUGGUCUCGCAGAGCCCUCUGUCUUGCGUCUCGCUGUCGGCCUUCUCCUCCCCUCGUUCGUCUUCAGGGCGUGGGCUUCGCCUUUCGAGCUGUAUCAGUGAUGUGAGCCGGGCGGCCCCCGCGCCCCGGAGGAAACUGGCCUGGGUCUCCCUUCAGGGUCGCCUUGUGGAAGCAGAGGAGGCGUCGUCUACGAGAACGAUAGGGGGUGGGCUGAGCCCGGAAGAAUCAGUUGCCUGGGAGCUGUUCAGCCCCCUGCAGAGAGUUAUGGUUGUCGCCAUUGUGGCCGCGGCCUCGGCGGACGCGAAGAAAUCUCGGCAUAUAUCGCAGCUGCAGAAAUCUGUUGAUAUCAGGGUUGGUAUCAUUAGUGGAUAGUGUCAUAAACGGAUUUACUCCCUAGGGUUUCUUUCUCUUGCAGUUAUUGUGGGAUUUCACUUGUUAAUGGCUUCACCCUUUUAUUGAUGCACAUAAUCUCGACCUUUUGAGCUUUGAAUAUUGCACGCUUUCAGUUGAGAACCAUACAAGGGCUUUAAUGGGGGUUUUGCAUCUAGGGUUUCGAUGUUGGUAUUCCUGAGUUAUUAGGCGUCCAUGACCUGCGACUGUGCCACUUCGUAACGAGUUAUCAUCUAUUUUUGCUAAGCUGUCUAAAUCUGGGGAUUUUUAUCUCACUUUAGCGGGCUAUUGAUGACCCCCAGUUUGAUGUCUUUUUUAUCCUGAGUUAUUAGGCGUCCAUGGGCUUUAUGGUUCUCAUUAUUCUACCCUUUUUAUCCUACUGGAUCGCUAGCUUGCUUGCCUCUAAUUUUCCUGCUUUGAAUUUCUCAGGAUAUGGUGCUGACGACUAUGCAACAAAAGUUGGACGAUUUAUGUGACCAGAUGGAUUGCUUGAACGAUAGGGCCAGAGACUGCGGUGGAAAGCUGUUCGCCACGUACGAUGAAUACUCCGAGGAUGAAAGGCUGGAAGCUGAAGGAGGAAAAGUCCACAUUUGCGAGCAUGCCUACAGACUGAACCCCCAGGAGAAAAAUAUCCCUGUCGAGGCUGAUUCGUCCGAUAGACAAAGGGUAAACGCCGUUUUCUGUUGCUGGAGUUCAUUCGCCGACGACAUCCCACUAAGCUUCGUAGCCUAUGAUUUCUCCAUCAGGUGGCUGCUAGAUUGCAACCCAGAAAAGAUGACUUCUUCGUCGUUCCUAAUUCGGUAGAGCAAGAGGAGCGCCGAAUGUCCGACUUAUCCUAUUGUUCGAGUGCCCCAUCUUCAAUGGAUAUCCAGGUAUUCAAACAAUCAUAUUCUUCUUGACGUUCUUGGUGUUACUUCCUGACAGAGUUUUAAUCGAUCAAUGAUUCUCAGGUGUAGAGUUCCCUUUUGGUUUUGCCAUCUGUUCACAAUCUUGUUAUCCUCAGUUUAUUUCUGUUAUUUCCAUGCUUCAAGCAUGCUUUUCACUCUCCAUCUCCACCAUGCUCGUGUAGGCUUGCUAAUUCUAUCCUCCAGGCUUGUGGCUCGGAGUUGACCAUAAAACCUGACAUCUGGCAACCGGUAGUAGACUAUGACAUGAUUAUGAGCAGAUGCUGUGCCAUGGAGUGGCUUAGCUGGAUAAUUUUCUCUGAUCAUAGAUCAUAGACAGUCGCACCCUCAUUCUCCUUAAAACCAGUUCCCAUCAUGGUUUGAGCUCGACUUCAAAUACGAUUUAAUAUUUCUUCCAUACUUAUCUUUUACUGUAAUUAGCUCUAACGUUGUUUAGAAUUUUCGCAUCCUGUUGUGCUAUGCACGACAUGAUACCUGCAGCAGGAACCUAAGGUUCAUUAUCUAUGAUUGGCUUAUUUCGCCCUUAGUAUGGUGAUAUUCUUUUCAACUAGGCACUUCUUCUUGAUACGCAGUUAACUAUGUAGUAGAAAGAACUUUCUACACCUAUGGAAAAGGGCUUCAUUGAUUAGUAUCUAAACCUAAGUGGAUCAUUCAACACAGGGAUCUUGACUACCGCUGGGUACUAAAUUUUUAUUUUCUUCAUAAUUAACAAGCGAUUUUGACUUUAUGAUUUUUUUCUCACGGGAUCAGAUUCUUUCUGACCCGGGAGAGACAAUCCCUGUUCAUGUCCUGUGCUCCAUUGCCAUCUACUUGAUGAUCUUUCAAAACAACUGUAGUCACUUCUGAUGUCUGCUGGAACCUUGCUCUGCAUAUUCCAUGCAGCUAUCUACACUUGCUGCAGAGCAAGACUUCUAUAAUCUGCGCAGGGAAUGCGAAGAAAAGGAUGAAAUCAUACAGGAACUGACUGCUGCUGCCCAUGAAUCUAGCGUUGCUAGCUCCAAGGUACCACUCUUUCAAGCUAUGCUGAUCCUCUUCCCUGGCCCAGUACCCAUUUAAGCUCUGCAUCUGUUCGUUCUCACAGAGGAUUUCAGAGUUGGAAGAUAUCCUCAGAAGGAAGAACAUGGUGAUCACUAAAUUGAAGAAGGACAUGGUGAUUUUGGAGCAAAAGCUCAUUCAGCUCACGAGGCAGCGAAGGCCUUCUUUUGCUGCUUCUGGUUCUAGUGGUAUGAAGCUCCCAGUCAUGUCCAACAAUCUCCUCUAUGACAUGAGCAGCAGCAGCCCGUCCUCCUCGGACUCCGAUUCCUCCUCAGAGACCUGCAAACACCAUAGCCAAAGCUCUGCAGUAGAUGAAACUGAGCCAUCGCCGUCGCUUCAGGAUCCUGUUAUCUCGGGCAGCCCCCAGCGAGGGAAUUGCUCAGAUGGUUCCAAUCUGGUGUUGGGAUCGAUGAGAGGAAUGAGGCGGACACCCAGAAGAAGAUGGCUCUAG